GUUUGGCGACACUAGACUAGGUUAUCAGUUUGCCAUGGCAACCACGGUGUCCUGUUGCAGUAGUUUUCAAGCACCUUCGAGAUGAGAUAUGAUGAUGUCCAGUUUUGGAUCUCACCAGUGGCUCUCUGCUGAGCUUGGUACAAGGCCACAUCCUGUGCCAUUGCUGCUGCUUCUAUGUAUCUGUUUUUCUGUGGCAGCCCAUGAGCGUCUCCUCCAAGAUGAGGUUGUGCCUGAGAUUGAAUUUGACGUCAAACCCACCGACAUCCAACGAACUGGACGUCGGGUGGUGGUAUCAGGUUGGUUCUAUGUCAGAGGUGAGUUUACUUUGGGUUCCUUGGGAGAUGUUGCCUUUGCCAGCCGACAGAUGCUGAGCAACAUCUGCGACAACAAUUUGCCGGCCCUCGCGCUCGCAAGGCAAGAUAUCCUCACUGUUAAUCAGCCUACAGUGGGACUGAACAUGAGCUUCUACGUCCUCCCACCAGAAGGAUGGGCCCACUAUUGUGUGGCGAUGUUGCGCUUUGCGGGCUUUGGCCCCACCCAGCCACCCUUCACCACAGUGCCGGCUCCGCCAAUACGGGGCUUGUUGGAGGCCUCAAUCGCUCAGAACACCGGAUUUAAUGAGCGCUUGAUGGAGUCCUGGGUCAUUGACAUCGGGAAUGUGAAUUGUGGUGAGAUGGCGAUCUCCUAUGGCGAAGCUGAUAGUCCUGCCUUGCUCCUGGAACGAAGCAGAAUGCCCCAAGAAUGGCUUGGCCGAGAGGAACCGGCUCCCUGUGGAUCGAUCGAAGCCAAAUGGUCUGCUGCCUCAUCCGUCCAGUUUCCAUGGGAGGAGGAGCCUUGCUUAUCUGCGGCAAGUCCAUGUAUAUGCGCAUCAAUCCGAACUUGCAGAUACUUGCCUGUGCCUGGUGGCGGGAAGCGCUGUACGACUGGUUGGGAAACCGCCUUCGAUGUGACCAGCGUCUCAUGUGAGGAUUGUCCGUACCAACCGCAAUGUCCGCCGACUUGCAAAGAUGCCUACACACCUUGUAUGUGUACAUUCUGGAAUUGUACCUGGGAUGACUCGCGGGACCUUUGCACGAGCUUUGAUCCUGAAGCAGGAGAUUUAUCUUGUCUUCUUUGUUCCAGGCAGCCACAUUGUGUGGGGCUGGAAGCGAUCCGUGUGGAUCCACCGGAAUGGUCUUUGCUGGGUGACACCGGAUGGUUGGUGAAUGUGACGUUCAACAGGAAUAUCAUGUUCGGCCCAUUGAUGGAAUCUGAGCCCAACGCAAUGCAUUUCACAUGCCAAAGCGAAGAGGAAGCAGGAAUGGUGCCACCGGUCUUUGUGACGUUCCCUGUCAGCAUGGACAUGGUGCGCAUCGUGGAGGACACUUUGAGGGUCGAUGCGAAGAAGGUGCCCAAUCCGUUGAGACUCCGAUUUUGCCAGCUCAACAUCUAUGUGCGUGCUAUCUUGGAUUCGUACUACAUACCCUUCGAAGGAACUUGGCAAUCUCAUCGUUUCUUGCUGGGAGAUAUGGUUGCGCCAACCUUGCUCAGCAUAUGGCCAGACAAUACUGCCAGAGAUAUACCUUUAGAUGUGCGCGUGGAACUGGUCUUCAGUGAGACUGUAACACCAGGUAUGGCCGCGAAUGGGCAUUUCUCGCUGGUCUCCCUGGGCGGCGAGGGUCUGGGUAGCCCUGAAAACGAAGUGGUGGAGGUCUUCUCCGCCACAUCAUCACGUGUGCUUCUCGGGAGCACCACAUUGGUCAUUGAAUUAGGCGGCUUGCUGCGGCACGACAUUUUUUACUCUGUGGGAGUUGCCGCUGACGCAGUUCAAGACGAAGUCGGCAACAAAUUUUCUGGGGUGCCAGUUGGCAUUUACGCCUUCCGGACAGUAGCUGCCAAGACGCACAAGGUCUUGGGAAAUUCUGAAAGCCUCUCAUUGGCUUUCAUCUUCACCGUCACCUUUGCGUGCGCCCUAGGGUUUUUGCUCAUGCUUGUGGGCAUUAUUGCUCUUUGGCAGCGACGUCGGCCACAGAAAAUUUUGCCCACCCAGCUGGCUGAGGUACAGGAGGCAGCGCAGAUAGAGGACCGCCGCGAGCUUGAAUCCAUGAAGGAACUUCAAAAUUUAAAGUCCUGGAAUGGUCAUGAAAGCUUUGAGACGCUAUUUGAAGAACUUCGAAUGCUUCAGAAGGUCACCGCUAAGGACGCGAACGUCGUGGCUUACCAACCCCCUCUGGAUGACCAUUAUUAUGCUACGAUGGAACCACUCUCUGCCGGUAGUAGUACCGUGCUGGAACCAGACAUGAGCAUCAUCAACAAGGCUAGACCGAUCAGUGCAAGUCGAAGAGGUGAACGAGGAACUGCACCACAAGAAGCUGUGGAGGUGUACAGCUACUAUGCUUUUCCUCCUCCAUGGUCCGCGGAAGAGCUUGCGUGCCCCCCUUCCUGUGGCCCGCCUGCACUGAUGGAUCAGGAAUCAGAACUGCCAACUCCUUCGAGCAAGACUGUUGAGGAACACAAAGACCGGGCCGCAAAUCGAGCGAGAAGGAGACCAGCCUCUGCCACUGAGAGAAGCAAGAUGGUCAUCAAGAGUUUGCAUGACAGCUUUCAGAGCCCUACAGCUCAGCAGAGACCGCAGAGACCGCAGAGUGCUCCAUCACAGCGUCCACAGGACAUGUUGAUGCGAAGGAGCUUGACAGCUGCAGCUACAGUGUUCCGGGAUAGCAACAGCAGACUUGCAACUACUGGUGCAGUCUACCAAAGGGCUGAAGCACAGCGCCAGAGCAGGCCCAGCAGUGCUGUGAAAGCCUCGAGGCAAGCGCCUACGCAAGCCAUUUGCGACUACGACUGGGUCCGACCAUCAGUGGGCCGGAAAACGUCCCGCCCGGGGAGUGCAGGGGCUAUUCGGAAGUCAAGAACAGAGCCAGCUGCCACCUGGGAAAGAACUGACUUGGAAGAUGCCGAAAACGAUCAUUUCCAGUUCGUAGCAUCUUCAGUUCGCAGCCAUCAACGAAAAGAGGCCACAAGGAACUCUGGGGGCCAAGGCGGCCAAGGCGGCCAAGGGGACGGUCACUCCCAAUCAGACGGACCUGGUGGUGAAGGCCACGGAGUUCAGAAGGCUUCGGACCACGCUGCAAGUGCAAGUGGUCAGUCUCGUGAAGGUGAUGUCAGAGGUUCCAAGCCUCCCGCUGAUGCUGUGGAGUCCGAAGAAGAAGACGAAGAAGAAGAUGUCGAAGCGAAUGGUGUGGAACAGGAUGAGUUGCGGAACUUGGGAAAUGUUCCAACGAAGCCACGGCGCUUGUCGGUGCACUACAGAGGGUCCGCAUUUGGUGAUCUCCACAACACUGAUCCAAAUCUUCGCUCCAGGCAGUCCAGAAUUUCAAUGGUCGCUGAGCAGGGGUCGGACUUGCACACCUGGGAGAUGAUGCUGAAGAAGGCAAGCCCAAUAUCAAAGAAGCCGCCUCCAGAGCACUCCCCACGAGCGACACGAGGGGUUGGUCAACCUUGGACCUGGCAAGCUGAGAGCAUUGACGCUGUGGAUGCACAGGAGCACCAGGACUCUUUGACCUCAAGAGAGCAGACCAAGUCUCGUGCAUGGAACAGAAAGUCCUAUAUUUGGGACUUCAAAGCCGAUGAAGAGGCGGAUGAGAAGCCUGGUACCAAGGUGGAAGCGAAUGAUCAGGGCAGCGUGGGCAAGCGUCAUGAAGCUUUGGGCAUUCGCAGCCGAAGCAGCGUCUUGAGGAGCACUUCCUUGCAGCAGGGCAGUGAGGACCAAUUGGAGUGCAGAUAGUUGCGAGUUUGUGACGGCGCAGCAUGUACAAAGUUCUUGCACCAUUCCGCAACUGCAACCUCCACC